AUGGCAUCCCCCCAAACCCCUUCCAAAGAAGGCGACACGGGCCUGAAAGGGGGACUCGAUGUGGUCGCCACAAACACCACCGGCGAGGUUCCAUAUUCGGUCUUCACCAAGGCUCAGAAAAGAUACAUCGUCUUCUUUGCAUCAUGGGCUGGCUUCUUCUCGCCCGUCUCGUCACAGAUCUACUUCCCUGCACUGAACAGCAUUGCAGAUGAUCUCGGUGUGACCAGCGCCCUAAUCAAUCUCACGCUGACGAGCUACAUGAUCUUUCAGGGUGUCUCUCCCAUGUUCGUUGGCGACUUUGCAGAUAAAGCUGGCCGUCGGCCUGCAUACAUGGUCUGCUUCCUGAUCUAUAUCGCUGCCAACAUCGGGCUGGCGCUGCAGGACAAUUUCGCCGCAUUGUUCGUCCUGCGAUGCCUGCAAAGUGCAGGGAGCAGCACAACAAUUGCCCUCUCUGCUGGCGUUGUCUCAGAUAUCGCCAUCGCCGCUGAGCGCGGGUCCUAUAUGGGCUUCGUAACGGCAGGUUCUCUCCUCGGACCAGCGAUGGGCCCGGUCAUCGGCGGUCUUCUAUCGCAGUAUCUCGGCUGGCGCUCGGUUUUCUGGUUCCUCACCAUUUUUGCCGGUGCUUUCUUGGUUCCUUUUGUUCUGCUAUUUCCAGAAACUGCUCGCGCAAUCGUGGGGAAUGGAUCUAUCCCGCCGCCCAAGUGGAAUAUCCCCUUGCUCACUUUGUUUCAAGCUCGAAAGGAGCCCCAGCCCGAAGAUUUUGAUUGGCCAAAGCUUCGAUUCCCCAAUCCCAUUCGGACCCUCUCGAUCGUAUUCCAGAAAGAUAUCGCGAUCAUUCUCAUCGCCAACGCAAUCCUCUUUGCCGGCUUUUACGAUGUCACAGCGGCGAUCCCUUCUAUAUACAAUGAGCUGUACGGCUUAGACGACCUCUAUAUUGGACUAUGCUAUGUCCCCUUUGGUCUCGGCGCGACCGUAGCAUCAAUAGCAACAGGAAAGCUUCUAGACUUCAACUACCGCCGGCUGGCAAAACAACUUAACGUUCCUCUUCAAGAAACUCGCGCCCGGAAUCUCACCCACUUCCCAAUUGAAUUCGCCCGUUUACAGGUCGCGCUCCCGCUGCUGACGCUAGGCGCAUUCACAAUCAUCGCGUUCGGAUGGUGUCUCAAUUACGGCGUACAUCUCGCCGCGCCAACAACCAUCCUCUUUCUCAUGGGUCUCACGUUGACAGGAGCAUUCAACACGGUCUCAACUCUGCUGGUAGAUUUCUAUCCCAGCAAUGCAUCUGCUGCUACUGCAUCAAAUAACCUUGUGCGUUGUUUACUUGGUGCUGGGGCUACAGCGCUUAUUGAUCCAAUGUUAGAGGCUAUGGGGCGGGGAUGGUGUUUUACCUUCAUUGCACUUGUGAUGUUGUGUACAAUGCCGUUACUUUGCGUGGUGAUGCGGUGGGGUCCGCGGUGGAGGAAUGAGAGGCAGGCGAAGAUCGAUGCAGCUACCACCGGAAAUUGCCAAAACUAG